AUGGCCACCCCGCCUCCCGAGGCUGCCCCUCCCCUCAAGGAGGAGAAGCCUCAGCUUCCGCCGUCCCCAGCCGGAGCUUCCGCGCCCGACCAGGUGCACCCUAGCGGUCAAAAUGCCGGAACGGACUUGAAGACGGAAUCUACCGCGUCUGCUCCCGCACUUGCACCCGCGACCGAUAAUGAUGCCCCCAAGACCAACGGCCAUUCGCCCAGCGUGCCCCCCAAGACGAACGGUGCCAGCGCAGCUGCGUCUCCCCCAAAAUCCCUUGCGUCGGUCUCGACCGAGCCAAAGCCGAAUGCCGAGCCAUCAGAACAUAAUGAAAUUAAGAAGCCGGAGGAGACACCCGCUCCAGCUGAACCGCAGCCCGCUGCGCCCUCAGUAGCUGAGAGCACUCCUGCUGACAACAUUGUCCCUCCCGCGGAUGUUUCCACAAGUCACUCGACGGAUGGCCAUGCCGCAGGUUCAGUGAAUGGUGGAGUGAAAGAAGCGACUAGCGGUCCUGCCCUCAACGCAGUGAACGGUGGAAUGAAUGCAGGUGAAACCGAUGCUGGUGAUGAUAAAAUGGCUAUUGACUCUCCUAAUCUCUCUUCCGCGGUAACUCAACUUCCUCACCAUCCAACCACCGAUAUCUCUACCACCAGCCUUCCUCAGAACACCGAUACUGAGAUGAAGGACGCACCUAGCGCUCCAAUGUCUCCAUCCAAGCAAUCCCGUCAACGCGAGGCCGACCCUGCUGAGGAGCCGGCCUCCAAGCGCACCAAGGUCGAAAACGAAGGAUCCGCAGCCGUCAACAUCAAGCUUCCUGAAGUUCCUUCCGCCUCCGCUGAGACAUCCCGAUCGAAGCCCACUGGCGGCGAGGCCCGCAUCACCAAGAUGCAGCAAAAGUUCAUUCAAAAGUCUCUCACAAGCCUGAAGCGCAUGCACGACUCUCGAUUCUACCGGGAACCGGUCGACUACAUCAAGUUGAACAUUCCCAACUAUCCCUCGGUCAUCACCAAACCCAUGGAUCUCGGUACCAUCGAACGGAAGCUCAAGGCCAAUGAGUAUCCGACUGCGCAGGCAGUUUUCGACGAUUUCGAUCUGAUGGUCGCCAACUCGCUGCGAUUCAACGGGGCCGACCACCUGGUGUACCAGGAAGGCGAGAAGCUCAAGCACACGUUCCAUAAGCAGAUGACCAACCUGCCCAAGGAGGACGAAGUUGAGGAGAAGAAGCCCAAGAAAACCGCGGAGAAGACGUCUGCUGCCCGACGGGAGCCUCGCACAUCUCUCGGCAGCACGACCGCCAAAGCGGCCUCUCCCCAAGCCACCACCUUUGCGCUGGGCCCGGAAGGUCUUCCAGUCAUCCGACGAGACUCGACGAAUCCCGAUGGCCGGCCCAAGCGAUCCAUCCACCCUCCCAAGCGCGAUCUUCCUUAUGCUUCUAAGCCCAAGAAGAAGAAGUACCAGUGGGAGCUCCGCUUCUGCCAGGAAACGAUUGAGGAGCUGUUCAAACCAAAGCAUCAAAUCAAUGCCAUUCCUUUCUAUGCUCCGGUGGAUCCCGUCGCACUCAACAUUCCCACCUACCACAGCAUCAUCAAGAAGCCGAUGGACAUGGGUACCAUCAAGAGCAAGCUUACCACCGGCCAAUAUGAGAACUCGAAGGAGUUUGAAGCCGAUGUGCGUCUCAUGUUCAAGAACUGCUACCGAUUCAACCUUCCCGGUGAUCCUACCUACCUGGCCGGCAAGCAGCUUGAAGAGGUUUUCGACCAAAAGUGGCAACACAAGCAGGAAUACCUUGAUCGUCACGAGCCUCACCCUGAACACAACUCUGAUUCUUCCGAUGAUGACAGUGAUGAUGGGGAGAGCGACGAAGACGACAACGAGCAGCUCACGGAGCUGCAACGAAAGAUCGCGGAGAUGUCUCGCCAGGUCGAGAUGAUCACCCAAAAGAAGAUGAAGACCCCUCCGGCCAGCAAGAAGUCCGGCAGCAAGGCGAAGGGGACCAAGAAGGAGCCCAAGAAGAGCGGCUCGAAGAAGGAGAAGAAGUCGACGAAGGCUGCUGCCAAGCCUGAGAAGACUCGUUUCGUCUCCUACAAUGAGAAGCAAAUGAUCUCCAAUGGGAUCAGUACCCUUCCUGAUAAAAAGAUGCAACAAGCCCUCCAAAUCAUCCAGAACAAUGUCCCUAAUCUCAAGGUAUAUAUAUCACAAACCCAAAUGACCGUUUUCCGUCGAGGAAGGUUGACCACAUUCGCUCACCACCGUUCUACGUUUAAGGGAGCCCAAGAGGCUGAAAUCGAGCUCGACAUCGACGAACUUCCGAACGACGUCCUUUUGCUACUGCUCAAAUUCGUCAAGAAGCACGCCCCGAACCUCGAAGACGACGAAGAGGACGUCCCGAUGAACAACAACGUCUCAGCCGCCAAGCCCAAGAAGAACAAGCCUAUGAGCAAGUUCGAACAGGAAGCGCAGAUUAACAUGCUCGAGAGCAAUUUGUCUCGCUUCCAGGGUGGUCACGGUGGCUCGCCUGACCCGAUGCCCUCUGUUGAGGCCAACGAGUCAAGCGAGGAUGAGUCGGAUGAUGAUUCAGAGGAGAGCGAAGAAGAGUAG